GAGUGGGUGGACGUGAAUCUUCGGUGGAAUGCGAGUGAAUACGGGGGUGUUAAAGAUCUUCGAAUACCCCCUUGGAGGAUAUGGAAGCCGGAUGUUCUCAUGUACAAUAGCGCAGACGAGAAGUUUGAUGGCACCCACCCUACAAAUGUUGUAGUGCGUAACAAUGGCAGCUGCACGUACAUUCCACCUGGGAUAUUCAAGAGUACUUGUAAGAUAGACAUCACGUGGUUUCCCUUCGAUGACCAGAAGUGCGAGAUGAAGUUCGGUUCUUGGACAUAUGACGGGAAUCAACUGGACCUUCGGCUGUCCAACGAAGAAGGUGGGGAUCUCUCCACAUACAUCACGAACGGAGAGUGGGAUCUCAUCGCACUGCCAGGCAAGCGCAACGAGAUAAUUUAUGCUUGCUGCCCAGAGCCUUACGUGGACAUCACCUUCUAUAUCCACAUCAGGCGGAGGACUUUAUAUUACGGAUUCAACCUCAUCAUUCCAUGUGUUCUCAUCUCUUCGAUGGCACUCCUGGGAUUCGCUCUUCCACCCGACUCAGGAGAGAAGCUCACACUUGGUGUAACCAUUCUCCUAUCCCUGACCGUGUUCAUGCUGCAAUUGGCAGAGGCUAUGCCGCCCACUUCCGACGCCGUCUCUAUAAUAGGUACCUAUUUUGCCUGCAUCAUGAUCAUGGUGGCAUUCUCAGUAGUUAUGACAGUUGUGGUUCUCAAUUAUCACCACAGGAGUUCAGAUACACACGAAAUGCCCCAAUUUGUUCGUUCCUUACUUCUCGUCUGGAUGCCACGCCUGCUCAGAAUGAAUCGGCCGACGAACCAGCUCCAGAAGAAGAGUCUCAACUCGAAGAAAGAGUUCGAGCUGAAAGAGCGAUCCUCGAAGAGUCUUCUCGCCAAUGUCCUCGACAUCGACGUUAGAGAGAACGCCUCUUCUUCCUACCUGCCGACCGAGGAGACACCUGCUACCGUCCGAGGUUGCUUCGCCACCCAAAGAGAACUGAACGCCAUCCUCAGAGAACUGAGGUACGUGACCGGUCGCAUGAAGAGGGAAGAGAAGGUCGGUGAGAUCAUCUCAGAGUGGAAGUACGCGGCCAUGGUGGUGGACAGGAUUUGCCUCAUCCUUUUUACACUCUUCACGGUGCUAUCCACCUGUAUCUGCCUCUUCUCAGCUCCGCAUCUCAUCGCCUGACCAUUCCUCUAUGACGUGCUGGACGAUUGCUGGAAUAAUAUCCUCUUCUGAAUAUCUCUGGUUCUUCUCGUCUUAUUUGGUAAACAAGUUUUUUUUUCAUUUCCGGGUGCUUGGAUCUAUUUCCCAUUGCCUUCAGAAAUUCCAGAAUUGUUAUAGUUCGUUAGGCGAUUUUUCACUUCUCCAAACUUUUACUCUCUUCAUUUCCGUUGUUACGGCAAAGUUUACUCUUUAUCCACAUCAACACGUUUCUAGAGCCGUGAUGGAUCAGAUGAUAGAGCGUUCACCUGCCUAUGUGAUGAACUUGGGUUCGAAUCCCGGCGAUGGCUGGUCGAUACAAAUUCCACAUCCGGUUUGCACCAAUCACGGUGAAAUAUCUUCACUGGUAGACGGAUCAUGGGUUAGAGUUUCC